CAGUCCUUUGCGCUAACUAUAAUGAAAACGGAAGAACGCCACUUUGCAGAGGCAUGUGCAGAACAGUUUCAAACUGUGGCAUGCAAGUGGGAAAUUGAAAGAAAAGUUACAACCAUUGGGACUGACAGUGCACGCAAUAUGAUUGCUGCGGCUCGUAUUCUACCAUACGAGCAUAUGCCCUGUAUCGCGCACGUCAUACAGAGAAGCAUCACUGUGAGUCUCGCUGACAGCGGAUUUGUUCCUGCAUUAGCCAAGUGUCGCAAGAUUGUGGGACAUUUUAAACACAGCCCGGCAAACUUAACGGAGCUGAAUGCAGAGCAGGUGAAACUCGGACAGCAGCAGGAGCCACUGAUCCAAGACGUUCCAACGCGGUGGAAUUCCACACUUGAAAUGGUCAAACGCAUCAUCCCCAAUCAAGCAGCAAUAAAAGCAACCCUGGAUCAACAGCAGCAUAAUCUCGUCAUGCUGACGCCAGCAGAAUGGGAUAAACUCCAGAGACUGGAGACCCUUCUAGAGCCCUGCCGGUAUGUGACUCAGAUCCUGGGUGGGGAGGCCUACGUCUCCUGCUCAGUGGUACUACCUGCCCUCUGCCACUUACACCGUGUAAUGGAAACUUCUGAUGAGGACCCUGCAUACAUGAUUAGAUUUAAGACCAAAUUCAAAGACGACCUAGGCUCCCGCCAAGAACACACCAACAAUGCAUGGCUCAAGAUUGCAACCGCACUGGACCCACGUUUUAAGGACUUGAAAAGUGUGCCCAAGGCAGACAGAGAGGAGGUGUGGACCAAACUUGGAGGCCUUCUGCGUGAAUCACCUGGAAGACCUUCACACACUACUGAAGAUGGGCCACCCAAGAAGAAAAUGAACCUUCUUCUACAGCUGGGCUCAGAUUCAGAAUCAGAUGAAGAGGUACAGCCUGACAGAGCCUUACACAGGUACAGAGCAGAGCCCACCAUUGAAAUGACGGACUGUCCCUUGCAGUGGUGGUCAUCUCAUGCAGGAGCCCAUGACAAGCUGGCUCCGUUGGCUCGGAAAUAUCUAGCCACUCCUGCAUCCUCAGUUCCCUGUGAAAGACUCUUCUCACUUGCCGGUCACAUUGUGCAAAAGAAGCGGUCAGCUUUACUCUCAGAAAAUGUGGACAAAUUGGUUUGCCUCAGUAACUGGCUAAAGGAUGAAUAGAGAAGCGGGCCACAUGUAAUUGUGUAGGCCAUGUUCUUUUGGUUUGAUA